UUGGCUCUCUCGAUUGUAGUAGAGCUGUUUUGAGCUGCCUGCAGUGGUGAUCGCUGGUGUGUCUUUGGGUUUCUGCAGUGUUGUGGGAGAAGACCAAGAUUUAGAGGAGCAGAGCAGCAACUGUGGAUGGGAGGAAGGCGUCAGCACCAUAGUAACCAUUAAUCACCCAGGGCCAUUGUGGUCCUGUCCUGUAUACGGCGCCAGUGCAGGCAGGCAGACAGAGAGAAAGAAGAAGAGGCAGGGGAAGAGGGAGAGAGGGGGCAGGGUGGCUGCAGGGAGAAAGAGGGGCAGAGAAUGUUUGGGGAUCAGCCUGUAUGUCCACCUCAGCUCCUGCCAUGGGGCUGGGGAGCAGUGCUGCUGUCUCAGUGCUUGUCCUCCGUGUUCUCCCAGAUCCCGGAUCCUGAGCUUUUACCCACAGAUCCCCCAAAGAAGCCAGACCCUGUCACAUCAGAGACCGUUGUUUUCUGGGGCCUGCGGUUAUGGCAGGUUAUCGGUAUCUUUGCUGUGUUUGCUUUAGCAGUUGUUAUCACUCUAUGUUGUAUAUUCAAAUGUCGAAUCCCAAGAACUAAAAAGGAAAUAGAGGCUCGGCACGCGCAAAGACAGGCUGCCAAGAAAUACGCCAACACAUUAGAGACAGUGCCACCUCUAAAUGAGCUGACCGAGAUCCCAGGAUCUGCUAAAGCAGAAGAAAAGGAGGAAGUGACAACAGUCUCAGGGAAAGUGGAUGCCGAUAAAAAAGAAAAGAAGACCAAGGAGGGCAAGAAAGAGGGUAAGGGUGCCAAAGAAGGGAAAGGAGAUGAAAAGGAUGCAUCAACAAAGAAGAAGGGUGAAAGGGAAGCAACCAAGAAAGAAGCUGGUGAGGGGAAAGGGAAGAAAUCUGGAGAGAAGGGAGACAGAGGGGAAAAAGGAGGCAAAGGAGGGGCUAAAGGAGGAUCCAAGAAAGCUCAAAAGUGAACUCUGCCUUUCAUGGACAAACACAGAAA